UUACUGCUAACCUUAAUGGAAUAGUAAAGUAGGUGUGCGUAACGUAGAACGUUGGUGUGACGUGCAUUUUCAUAUGAUAACUAAACAAAUAUUGCGUUCCGACGUGCGAGAUAUCGAACAUAAAAAUUGCAAUCUAUCUGUUGGUCCUUUGUUAAUUCACAGUAGAGUGAGUUAUUACAACUUUUAAUGUGUUGCAUAUUUUAACCUGCAAAUAGAACAUUGUGCAGAGUAGUCAUUAAUGUUCGCGUUAUCAGUAGCUGUGGCAGAGCCUGACCGCUACUACUUUAUCAAUUCAUGGCGUUUUUAUGGUGUAGUUCGCACGUGGUGGUUCCCGCUCACUCGCCGUCCGGCCCGCGCCGAGUGAUGCAAUGUUUGUCUGACGCCGCUCAGUUUUUCAGAAAAUUAACAUUAUGAUUUAAAUCGCGGCGCUGUAACCACGUGUUCGGAUUCUGAAAGUUUCAGUUUGUUUAUCGUGAUAUUUUAAAUAAAACUGUUAAAAUGGCUAAAGUGUCGGCCUCGGAAGGACUGAAACCGAAGGCGAUGGAGGUCGGCGGGGAGUGUGGGGACUCCGGAGACGCUGCCGGCUCGAGCGAAGGUCUGCGCUUGAAGAAGGAGUUGGGGCUGAUGAACGGGGUGGCGAUUAUCGUUGGAGUGAUCGUGGGCUCCGGCAUCUUCGUGUCGCCUAAGAUGGCGUUGAAGUACGCCGGCUCCAAGGGCAUGGCGCUCAUCGUCUGGAUCCUGUCGGGCUUCCUCUCGAUGAUCGGCGCUCUGUGCUACGGGGAGUUGGGCACAAUGAUCCCCAAGUCCGGGGGAGACUACGCAUACAUCAGCGAAGCAUUUGGGCCUCUCCCCGGGUUCUUAUAUCUAUGGGUGGCUCUCUUCAUCCUCGUGCCCACGGCGAAUGCCAUCACUGCCAUCACCUUUGCGGAGAACAUACUGAAACCUUUGUGGCCUGUCUGCGACGUUCCUAAGGCCGCCUCGAGUCUUAUAGCUGCAGUCCUAACUUGUUUCCUCACAAUCAUCAACUGCGGCAAUGUGAAAUGGGUGACGCGGCUGCAAGACUCAUUCACCGCCGCCAAGGUGCUGGCCCUACUGCUCAUAUUCGUCGCCAGUCUAGUGCACCUCUUCCACGGCCACACGGAAAACCUUGAGGGAAUGAUGCAAGGGACAAAGACUGGGGCCAGCGAGAUUGCCAUCGCGUUCUACUCGGGCUUGUUCUCGUAUUCUGGGUGGAAUUAUUUGAAUUUCGUAACGGAAGAAUUGAAGGAUCCUUACAAAAACCUGCCCCGCGCCAUCUGUAUAUCUCUGCCCGUGGUGACGGCCGUGUACGCGCUGACCAACGUGGCUUUCUUCGCCGUCCUCACCAACGCCGAGAUCCUGUCCUCUGACGCCGUAGCCAUCACCUUCAGCGACAAAAUCCUCGGCUCUUGGGGCUGGAUCAUGUCCCUGUUUGUCGCUCUUUGUACACUUGGCUCACUGAACGGAGCAAUCUACGCUUCUUCUCGACUCUUCUUCGUGGGGGCGCGAGACGGAAAUUUACCGUUGGCGAUAUCGCUCAUUGAUGUGAAGAGGCUGACGCCUGUGCCUUCGCUUUUAUUCAUGUGCCUCGUGACGCUGGUGAUCCUAGUGUGGAACGACGUGGAGGCGCUGGUGGUUGUGGUGACGGCGGUGGAGGCGCUCUUCAUCCUGUGCAGCGUCACCGGCCUGCUGUGGCUCCGUUACUCGCGCCCACACGCCACUCGCCCCAUCCGCGUCAGCCUCAUCCUACCCUGCGUCUUCUUCAUCGUCUGCACUUUCCUAGUCAUCCUCUCGUGCUUCGAACACCCCAAGCAACUCGCCAUAGGUCUCUCCUUCACCCUACUUGGCAUACCCGUCUAUUUCAUAUUCAUCAAAUGGCAGAACAAACCUCUCUGGUUCCUCAACGCCGUACACAGCUUCAACACGACAAUAUCCAAAAUCUUCCUCUGCUUACCUGAGGACUCGAAAGAAUUAUGAUCAUUUGAAAAACUGACUGUGUGUGUGAUCUAUUUUUAUACGUGCAUUUGUGUUCUUAUUGAACUGUAUUAUUUAUUUUAAGUUAAUGUUGAGUUGUUAUACGAAAAGAUCUGUACCUACGCUUGUUUAUAUACUUAGGGUUAAGUAUUUACAUUCCGUCAAUUACAAAUUGACUAAAAUUGCUAAUUCCUAUGCAGUUGUGAACCUCGCAAGACAUUUUUCAAAUCGGCCUUACUCGUGGCAAUAUGAGCACAUUUAAAACCAUACUUCAUUAUCUAACGUUUAGUUUAGGGUCCCCCCACAUCUAGCGUCUCGCGAGCGUCGCGUCGGUCGGGCCAACUGUAUGGGCAAAGCCUGACGCCGCAUAUUCAUUUAUUUGUAUUAAUUAUACAUCGUCAGUCUUACAAUUAGGUACAUAAGUAGGUAUAUUAUUUAAUCUGCUUGUAAACGGACUGAAUCUUGAAUGUAAAGAGUUGAAUAAAGCUUCAAGUCAAAAGUAGGUAUAACAACUAGAGUAAGGAGUAAUCGCAUAUACCUACCGAAAAAAGGUAUUAGUAUGCUGUGACCUAAGUGGAAAAGCAGUUUUAGACAUCUAUUGCCAUUGCAGAGAACAGUUUGGAAUGUGGCCUCGGUAUUUUUUUUCAUAUGUAGGUGUUUUUAAUUUCAGUUUUAAGCCUGUUAUACUUUGGCAUGUGAUGUGAUAAUUAUACUGAGUUACUGACAAUAUUUUUUUUGGGUUUUUACAGUAUUCCACAUAUUUUCGCCUUUGCUCAGUAUUUCUUUGACGGCGCUUGGUUAUUUCCGCAUACGAUUUCGCCAUAAACCUCAUAUGUAUGUAUUUAAUAUGUUGACUGAAUGUGUCAUUUCUAGGUGGUAUUAUUUUUGUUAGGAAUAACAACGGCUUAGACACCCGUUACACUUGUACGAAUUAAACAGGGGCAACAUCAUAAUAAUUAUAGUGUCGUCCCGUUGUCUUACUUACAUAUAAGUUAUAUUCAGGGCCCGUAACUUUCAUGCCGAUGACAUCAAUUUGACGUCACGCUGCAUAUAGGAUAAUUCAAAUAGUUUUAUUGUAAUAAUUAAUCAUUAUUCAUUAAUCAAU